CCUAGUUUUGCUACUGGUCGCAUGCGUUUCAGCACGCUCGGUGGAAGAAUUUCGGGCUGUACACGAUUCGAUUGCGAAUAUUGAUAUGGAAGAAAUUGUCAACAGCGAGGAAGACACGGACAAUGGAGUUGAUGAUUCCAACGACGAACAGGAUUCCGGCUUAAGCCACCGCAAUACACCUAAAGUGGCGUUUUCUACCUAUCUUAGCAGAGACAAACUCCUCGGAAGGGGGCAACAUAUCAAAUUCGACAAAGUUCUGCUGAAUGACGGAGGUGCGUAUGAAGCAUCAACCGGCGUGUUCAGGGCAACAGUUAGCGGUGUUUACGUGUUUACCUAUGUGAUUGCUCAAAGACAUAAGCAUGAAAUCCGAGCCAAGCUUGUAGUUGAUGGUAAAACUAUUAAUGGAGCAAUUGCAGAAGGUAUGCACAAGUGGCAUGAUGUCCAAGGCACAAAUACAGCAAUUGUUCACGUAUGUAAAGGCAAAGCUGUUUGGGUAGAAUCCGUCUCCAGCCAUAGCAACCUAGAGGGCAACAAUGCAGACUACAGAUAUACUUCAUUUAGCGGUUUCUUGCUAUAUGCCAGGCGUUAAACAGAACUGUUUACGGUUCAGCUGGAAAAGAAUUAUAUCUUAUUUCAUUAUAUCAGUCUAUAAACAAACAGUUUAACACAUUUAGUUAUUUUAGUAUAUCUUCUGUAUAACCUAUUCUCUCAUGGCUAAGAUUAUAUCAUGCGUAGACAGAAACUUGUUUAAAAAGAUUUGUUUACCACGUUUUCAAAUUUUAAUAAACUUAAAAGGAUAGAAAAAACAGAAAUUGUGCAGUCGCCAAACACGAUAUAAAGGGAAUAGUCGAAGGCUCGGUUAUAUUAUGCUUGCUCGUGGACUGUAGUGGAAAUGCAUGCUACCGCCAAAGCCCUCAAUCCUCAGGUUGAGCGGAACUGAACAUCUGCACAUAUUACACAGUUUUUCGGUAUAUCAACAAAAUUCAUUAAGCAAGCUCUGCAUGCAAUAUAUAAAAGUUCGAAUCUUAAACACAAAUACCGAGUGCCGAUAGCAUUAUGGCAGGCCUAGGCUUUACAUCUAGGCUAGACGCAACAUGUAAACGUUCAUAUGUGGUGUUGUCUGGACGGCUGCGGCCUUUAAAAUAUGUAUUUUCCAGUAGCACUUGUCCUUGUUUUACUUUUACGUAAUUAAUCAUGUUUUUGCAAUGUUUUGGACAGUUUUUAUACUGUUAUCUGAAUUUCUUCAGAAGCAAACGAAGCAUUUUCAGUUGUCUACUAUUUCUGAUUAAACUAUUCUUGACUGCAAUGGCAGCUGUCGCUAGAAACGGACAUUAUAUCCUGCUUCUUUAUCUGUGUUGUAUGCAUUUACAACAAACCUUCUUUCAUUAAAUAUUCUGACAAUGGGAUCUCACUAAUAAGCACAACAUGUACAUUUUUAAUAAGAAAAAAGAAUAGUUCACUACUUUUUAAACUUAUUACUGCAAAUGUCGGCAAAAAUGCACUAAAAGUUAAGUACAUCUUUAAGUAAAUUAGUUUUCUUACAAUGCAGCGGAUACGUUUCCUUUUGUAACGGAAGUAUGAGUUGCCUAAAAAGAACAAUAUGGCUUUUAAUCUUAACUUGUAGUUGUUUAAAACGUCCGCCAAAAUGGUGCACAUAAAAUGUCAGGAAAAAGAUCGUUUAAUUAUAGUUUGAAGUGUACAGAUAAAUUUAUUUUAUGAAAAUAAAAUUUCCAGUAAC